CAUCUAGACACAAGGGGCCGAAAUGAGCGCCCCACCUCGCUUGAAAGUGGAAAUCCUGUCAAUGAUUCUGCACACGCACACUGCUUUUAGGACCCUCUCCCAGAAAGAAUUUUGAAAAUGAGAGAGAGCUCCCAACCACCCCAAAUUCUCAGUUACAUGCGAAAACUUCCCGAAUAGACAUCUGGGUUGGUCCUUAUUGAAGCCUAAGUCCACAUUGGGUAUGCUUCUUGCCUUAUCUGAGUGCUGAAUCAUACUCUUGAAUGGUCAUUAGAAGGCAGGCUCUAUAUAAUGAAGGCUUUAGUGUUGCUUUGUUGAUCUUAGGGAGGGGUUAUUGCCUUCUUUAGCCUUGUGGGUUUCCCCAAACCGUCUGCCAUAGAGAAGAAGAGACAAUGUGGCUGUUUUGCAGUAAGGGAGCAUCUGGGUUCUCUUCUAAUUCAACAGCAGAGGAAGUUACACAAGGAAUUGAUGGAACUGGUCUCACUACCAUUGUUACCGGAGCAUCAAGUGGCAUUGGUGCUGAGACCACACGUGUUCUCGCCUUGCGUGGCAUUCAUGUUGUUAUGGGGGUCAGGAAUAUGGCUGCUGGAAGGGAUGUCGUACAAGCAAUCACUAAGGAAAUCCCCACUGCUAAAGUAGAUGCAAUGGAGUUAGAUCUCAGUUCAAUGGCAUCAGUAAGGAAAUUUGCAUCAGAUUUCAAUUCUUCAGGUCUUCCACUGAACAUACUCAUUAACAAUGCAGGAAUUAUGGCGACUCCAUUCAUGCUUUCCCAGGACAAGAUAGAGCUGCAGUUUGCAACGAAUCACUUAGGCCAUUUUCUUUUGACUCAUCUCUUGUUGGAUACCAUGAAGAGUACAGCACAUAAAAGUAAGAACGAGGGAAGGAUUGUAAAUGUUUCAUCAGCAGCUCACCGCUUUGCACCUCGUGAAGGAAUUCGUUUUGAUAGAAUCAGUGAUAAAUCAGGGUACAGCAGGGUGGGAGCAUAUGGCCAAUCAAAGCUUGCCAACAUACUGCAUGCUAAGGAACUUAAUAGGCAACUCAAGGAAGAGGGUGUUCCAAUAACUGCAAAUUCACUUCAUCCAGGAACUAUUGUGACCAAUAUCUUUCGUCAUCAGAGCAUUUUCAAUGGUUUUGUCAAUACCCUUGGUAAACUUCUACUUAAAAAUAUUCCUCAGGGAGCAGCAACCACGUGCUAUGUGGCACUGCAUCCUCAAGUUAAAGGGGUUGGCGGUGAGUAUUUUUCUGAUAGUAACGUAACCACAACGACCUCGCAAGGUAAAGAUAUGGACUUGGCGAGGCAGCUUUUCGAGUUCAGCAUGACUUUGAUCAAUUCAUAGAUGUUUGUCAAUUUUUAAUGGGAUCUUUCAUGUUCUACAGCAUAAGCAGAAGAUUAAAUUCUGAAAUUAUUUUUUUAUCACCUUCUUCAUAUUGUUAUUUGAAUUCUUUUAUUACCUUCAUAUUGUUAAUAGUCUCUUGUUUAUGGAGAGGUCAUAAAUGAUCAUUGAGAGAGAUCUAUCUUCAAUUUUAUGGCUCUCAAACUGUAAAAGAAAAUAUGGAAUAAAUUCAUAGCCAAUCUAUAAUCUGGUCUUCUUUUGAAGGGUUUA